AGAGACACUUUUCCUUUACAAAAAAACAAACUAAUCCACGCUUUCCACCACUUACCAUAUCCAACUCCAGACACAGAUAUUUAUCCGACUCUCUCUCUCUUGUUAUUUUGAGAAUUUUUUUUUCUUUCCUGGAGAUAGAGAGAAAGCCCGACGACGUUUUGUACGGUGACAUCGAUGGCGGUCGCUGACCGGCAAAAGCCUCACAGCGAUAAGAAACUGUUUAGUCUCUGUCCUUUUUGGCAGAGCGGAACAACAAAUUCGUCUUCUUCUUCUACACAGAAUCUUAACCAUACUCACAACGGCAACAGCAGUAACCGGCACCUGGAGGUUAAGAAUAGCUCUAAAUCUCCAUCAUCUUCAAGAACUGUGUCUUCUAUUGCCAGAUCUCUUCUCCCUGCUCGGCGUAGACUCCGCCUCGACCCUGCCAAUUACCUCUACUUUCCGUAUGAACCAGGAAAACAGGCGAGGAGUGCUAUCAGGUUAAAAAACACUAGCAGGUCUCAUGUAGCUUUCAAGUUUCAAACAACGGCACCAAAGAGCUGUUUCAUGCGUCCUCCGGGCGGCAUCCUUGCUCCAGGAGAGAGCCUUAUUGCAACUGUGUUCAAGUUUGUGGAGCAGCCAGAGAACAAUGAUAAAGUAAUAGACCAGAAGAGCAAGGUCAAGUUUAAGAUCAUGAGCUUGAAAGUGAAAGGAGGAAUAGAAUAUGCACCUGAGUUGUUUGAUGAACAGAAGGAUCAAGUAACAGUUGAGAGAAUAUUGCGGGUUGUAUUUUUGGAUGUGGAGCAUCCUAGUCCUGCAUUGGAAAAACUGAAGCGUCAGUUGGCUGAAGCUGAUGCUGCUGUUGAAGUUCGUAAGAAACCUCCACCUGACACUGGGCCUCGUGUUGUUGGGGAAGGUCUUGUAAUAGAUGAAUGGAAAGAGCGGAGAGAAAAGUACCUGGCCCGACAAAAGGUUGAAGCAAUAGACUCAGCAUGAAGUGGGGUUUGGUUUUGCUGUAACUGCCUCGGGCAGGUUAAAAUUUUAAGAUGAAACUUGGUUCGUGGAUUUCUAGUUAUUGGAGGUGGAGAAUGGGGGAGAUACUGUCUUGCCAAUAUUUGUGAUGAACAGUAUGGGUCAGAGUGGAAGAUUUAGGGUUUACCCCUACUUGUAGAUAAUGGAUUUUGUUUGAAGGAGAAUAAAUCAAUAAGGUCAGCUCUAUCUUUGUAUAUUUUAGGAAUGGGGUGCUCGGUUUUGUAUGAGUUUUUUUAGCCUUGUGCAUUGAAAAUUAUGCUUGACCAAUGAUAUAGCUCCUGGGUUUUUUUGGUGACA